AUGAAAUUCGGCCAACGUCUUGAACAGGAGUCCGUUCCAGAAUGGAGUAUUCACAACGUCGACUAUAACUCUCUCAAAUAUGAGAUCAAAACACACACAACCCGCGAUCAGGCUCGCGCCAUGGCCAUCCCGGGACAAAAGGACAUGGCUCUCCAGCGGUUUGAAGAUUCCUUCUUUGAGGAGCUGGCUAUGCAACAUGACCGCGUAAACCUCUUUGUCACGAGCAAGGCCUCUGAAAUUUCCUACAGACUAAACUACCUAGCCGACUCCAUCGAUCGCCUUGCCUCGAGGUGCGCCCGCUCCCCAAUGACGCUUAAGCGCCAGCGCCGGCUCGUCAAGUACCAACAAGAACUCCUCCACUGCGGCGAUGAUAUCCAGGCCCUUACCCGUUUUACCACCGCUCAAACAGAGGCCUUCCGCAAGAUUCUCAAGAAAUAUAAAAAAUGGACCGGUUCCCCGACUCUAGGCGAACGCUUCCGCGAGCACGUGCUGUCCGACCCGAAAUCCUUUAGCCGCCGUGACUAUUCCCACCUCCGUUCCCGUUACGAUGAGACUCGCGCCGUCCUUCGCACCUCAAUCCCCGACGUUGUCAGUGAGCCGACGUCUCCAGAGUCAACUCUUGAGCCUGACCGUCCGCGGUCUAUGGCUGGCGCAACGACGGUAGGGGCGGAGUCGUUCAAGUCUCUGCCGCCGCCGCAGAUGCUCUACUGGAACGAGUAUGACCACGGCAGCGAUGGCGAGGGUGCGGGCACCGAAGAACCCUACGCCCUGUAUAUCAACCCCGAGGAAGAUGUGGGCAUUCCCGGGUUGAGCUACGUGCAAGCUGCCUUCACGGCGCCGUUUGAAAAGGCCAAAUCGUGGUUCGGAGGUAAGAAACAUGCCCCUGAGACGAGAGCCAAUACUACAGAGGAAGACCCCGAGCGGCAGGCUCUGCUUCCCGAGCGUGUCCCCGCCACCGUGGGCUCCCUAGAGGCGACAGAAGCAGCCCAAACGGCCGGCCCCACCCAACCCCCCCGGACCGGCUACUCCACCAUUUCCUCAUCGAACCGUACAACCUCGGAGUCGGACGCCGACGAUGACCUCACCUCCAACGAGGACAACACCUACCCCACCGAAGGUUACCUGGUACACUACGCCACUCUACCUAGCAUUAAUGAGCAGUCCCUCCGCCGCUACCGUGAGAACGUCAUGUUCUGGGGUACAGUCGGCUGCUUCGCCACGUCGUUCAUCGUCAUGGGCAUCGCCGGCGUCCUCCUCUUUACAGGCCGCCACCGCAACAAGCUCGAGGUCAACGCCGGCGCCGCGCUGGGUGUCAUUACAAGCAUGUUUGCCGCUUGCGCCGCGUUAGGCAUGCAUCUCUGCCGCAGGGACGUGUUAAGUCUGUGGCAUCAUGCAGUUGUGUGGGCGAGUGGGUUGGCGCUGUUUGUGUUGAACGGGUUGUUGCUUGUCGUUGUUAUGGAGGGAUUUUAA